AAUUUCUGUAUUAGGUGCUGACUCUUAAAAUGGUUUCUGAAACUUUUCUUUUGUUUAUGAGCUUUGUUUUAUCUAAAUACUUGUUUAUUUGGUUAAUUUAGGUUUUUGUUGUAAAAUUUGUGUAAUAGGUGGGUAGUCUUAAUAUGAUUUCUGAAACUUUACUUUUGUUUUUGAGCCCCUUUUUUUUUAAUCUAAAUUUUUCGGUUAACCGAAUCGAAAAAAUUGGUUAAUCGGUUAAUCGAUAACCGAUUUUUACCUAUUCGGUUCGAUUACCGGUGCUGUUAGUUUUCGUUAACCGGUUAAUCGGAGUUAAUCGAUUUAAUCCGUCGAAUUUAACCGGUGUAUCACUAUUAAUUAAUUUAUUUAUUUAUAUAUAUUUCAUAUUAGAAUUUAUGAAAUUGCCAAAUUAGUUAGUCGGUCUAGGGCAGAGGUAGAUUCAAACUUCACUUGUUAGCACUCAGCCCGUCAGCCGCGCUUCUGCUGUCGCCGUCGGCGCCUCUUCCCACCGGCCACCGGCGCCACUUAUCCCUCGGUCUACGGCGCCUCUGUGGGACCCUGUUUGAGCUACCCCUCGGUCCACAGAUAUUCUUCACGUCGGCUCACCGGUCACCGUUGCAGUCGCCUCACCGGUCGUCACCACCACCACCAGCCUCCGCCUCAGCCGCGUCACCGGUCGUCUCCGUCGCAGGCUUGCAGCUAGCCUUCCCCUUCGGUUUUUGUUGUGAAAUUUCUGUAACAGGUGCGUGAAAAUGUCGUCUUUGAGGAAUGCUCUCCCGAGAAAAGCUCACAAGGAGCGUUCUCAGCCGCAUUCGAGGAAGAAAUUUGGGCUGCUUGAGAAGCAUAAGGACUAUGUCGAACGUGCACGUGCCUUCCACAGAAAAGAGGAAACAUUGCAAAAACUCAAGGAAAAGGCGGCGUUUAGGAAUCCGGAUGAGUUUUACUUCAAGAUGAUUAAAUCAAAAACUGUUCGUGGAGUCCACAGAGAGGAGGGUGAAGCGAACAAGUACACCAAGGAAGAACUGAUGUUGAUGAAGACGCAAGAUAUUGGAUAUAUUUUGCAGAAACUUCAAACAGAGAAAAAGAAAAUUGAAAAGCUAAAUGCUACACUGCAUUCUGUUGACAAUCAGUCAUCAACCCAACAUGUUUACUAUGCUGAAGAUAGGACUGAAGCAAGAGAAGUUCGAGCUCAGGCUUCUGAACACAGAGAAAAUCACUCUUUUGAAGAUUUGCCCAAAGAUAUUAAACGGAAGACAAUUGCUUCGUACCGUGAGCUAGAAGCUAGAAGAAGCCGGGUUAAAGAGCUAGAGAAGAUAUACAUGGAUAUGGCAAUGCAGAAAGAAUUGCAGAAAAAGGGCCGGAAACGGAAGCUUCGUGAAGAUGAAAUUGUUUGUCCAACGGCAGGACCUGUAUUCAAAUGGCGGCAGGAAAGAAAACGCUGAGGGAGCGAGAGAGGGAGGGAGGUGUGUAGCUCAAUUUAAUGUGCUGUUUUAGAACUAUGAGAUCAAGAGAUAAUGUUGCUGAUGCAGUACCUAUAGUAGUAGAAAUAUGUGCUAAUUCAAGAAACAAGAAGCAUUUGAAAAUUAGGACUGUAUUCUCAUAAACUAAUAUCUUAUUUCUUAUACCAACAAGGUUAUAUGGUCGACAGCAA